AUAAGAGCUAGGUACAACAUAUUGGACACUAGAAUAAUAAUUCCUAUUGUGGCAGCCUGCAAGGCCUAUCAGGCAACCAAUUGGCACCUGGCGAAGAUCAUACAAGAACAAAGGAUCUACUCUUUCAGCCACUCCCGUUUUCCUAUAAAUAACAGACAAGCUGUAGCAUUGUAUAGGACGCUUCUGUAAGAACUGAAGAUGACUCCUGCUUUCCAAGUGCUACUAUGUCUCUGCAUGUUGGGGCUGAGCUUGGCAGCACCGAAACCGGCUCCAAACCGUGAAGCCCGUGCAGCUGAUACCCCCUGCUUAACGGAACACAGAGAAAGUCUUAAAUUUGGUAGACCAAUUGGACGGUAUGUGCCUCAGUGUGAUGCACAGGGUAACUACACCCCAAAGCAGUGUUGGUCUUCAACUGGUCGCUGUUGGUGUGUUGAUGCUAAUGGUGGAAGGACAACUGUGCCAACAAUUGGAUCACUAAACUGUCCAGCCCAUGGAUAGUCUUUGCACCUUCCAUCACUGCAGCGAAGACUUAGUAAUGGAGAUACUGAGCUGCCACCAUUCCUCCACCAUUCUUUCAUUCCUUCAUCCUACACAAUUUAUGUCCAAUAAAUAUUCUGAUAAAUAUUUAUAUAUAUACUGUUAAUUCAUUUGUUAAACAUAAGACUAUCUUGCUAAAUAUUGGUCUGUUGUAUUCAAAUGGGUUAAUUUGCUUGCAAAAAGUAGAAAACAUACUGUAGAUUGUAAAGCCAUUGGGGCAGGGUUCUUUCUACAUCUGUCUUUUAUUCAAUUCUUGUUUAUUGUACUUGCUUCUGUCUCAUGUUAUGUGCUUAACCCUUUAUCUUAU